AAGGAGGACACAUAGGAGGAGGAGGAGGAGGUGGUGGUUGUGGUGGCGGCGACGGGGGCAAGAUGGGCCUGCUCGGCAAUUUCGGCACGUCCCUGACGCUCCUGUUGGCGCACCUGAGCCUCUUCCGAGCUCACCGGGAGCACAAGGUACACAACAUCGUCCUUUACCCGGACAAGGAGAGCUGGUGCAAGACGACGCCGAUCAAGCAGGUCGUCACGUGGCCGGCUUGCUCGUCCCAGGAGCUCGACAACAACGUCUGCGUCGGCGCUUGCUUCUCCUACAUGGUGCCCCACAGCGAGCCCUCGGUCCAGGGCGACCUCAUCAAACCCUACUGCGACUCCUGCCAGCCCCUCGACAGUAUAUGGCACACGGUGAGCCUCGACUGCAAGGACAAGGACGACAUCCUGUCGACGAUGCAGAAGAAGGUGCAGAUCAUCACAAACUGCUCGUGCAGCUCGUGCAUGGAGUCGUCGCGGAUAAAGCCCGACCUGAACAACCUCCUCCAGUCGCUGGAACUCGAGUCGGCCCACCACCAGCAGCAGCACCACCACCACGGCCACCAGCACCAACAAUCGUCCCCGGUGCCGGUGUCUACCUCGCCAACGGUGCAGGCAACGUCACCGCCACCGCCACCAUCGUCGUCGUCACCCGUACCAGAGCCGGUUCAGACAACGGGAGGAGGAGAAGGAGGGCAGGACGCGUCUCAGCAGCUCGUCGUCGACGGCGCAGGGGGCCCGCCUUCGGCCGCGGCGCCAGACCCCGGAGUCAUAGCGGCGCCAAGCGGCACGGGCGGCGCCGCUGAGGCGCCGGUCGCGACGGCGCCUCCCCAACAUCAUCAUCAUCAUCACCACCAUCACCACCAGUCUAUGUCGAACGGUGGUGGUGGUGGUGGUGGCAAUCAGAGCAGCGAGCAUCAGGCCCAGCUCGGCCCGAUCCUCGAGACGCCCGACCUACUGCUCAACCCGAAUCUUAACGGCUCCGGCAAGCCGGCCGGCCUAGGCGCCAAGGCCCACGAGAGGUUUUACCAGCUGUUCAAGCAGCUCAACGAUCCCAGCCUCGCCGACGACAAGAAGCUCAAGAAGCUCGCCAAGCUCGCCAGUCUCGAGAAACUCGAGAAACUCGAAAAACUCGCGACUGAGUACGCGGGUGCAAAGGAGCUGUUGGCGAAGCUGAGCGAGCUGUUGCACAAGUAUAGUAACCAGGACGAGCAGUUGGGAGGUGGUGAGGCCAGUCCGAGCGAGGACGAGGAUGUGGGCCUGGAGGGGGGCCCGAGCGAGGACGAGGAGGUGCUCCAGCUGUUGCCGUUGUUGGCCGUGUCGUCGACGAGCUUGGCGCCACCGCCGGCCGUGCCCGAGUUGGACGACGAGGAGGUGCCGUCCCUGCAGAACCAACAGUUGCGCGUGGCCGCUUCCUUGCUCCAUCGCACCGGGCCCCACCACUCCCUCGUCCUGGACGCGGACGCCGAGGUCAAGGAGAAAAUCGACGUCGAGUCUCACUACCUGCACCCGGCCCUCGCCGGCCAGGAGAUCAGUUACCACGACAACGUCCUCCACGACAAGACCAAGGAUAAGGACUUUUAACGCCCACAUAUUAUAUAUUUAUAUGCGUAUAUAAUUAUGUGCAUCUCUCAAUGCUUUCGUGCGCGCGUGCCUUUUUUCCUUCCUUCUUUCUUUCUUUCUCUCUUUCUUCGUCCGAUGGUCCCCGCCCUCCUCUCGCGAGAGUAUAUAUGCGUUUACUAUAUAUGUAUAGGAAAUUAGUGCCGGCGUAACGGGAUCUCCGCGGGGGCAAGUGUACACAUAUAUACGCAUCACAUGUGGAGCGCGCGUCGUCGCGAUAAAAAAGUUUUCGACUGCGGCCUACACGGGUACUUAAUAUAUACACAUAUACGAGCGGGACCGUUUUUUUUUUUCUCUUUUUUUUUACCUGAUGCCCUUCCUUUCGAUCCCGCGUGCGUGGAAUGACGAGGCGGAAUUUAUUCGUUUUAUAUACCCCCGGUAUAAUUAUAUACGUAUAUUAUGUCCCCCCUUCCCUCCGUCCCGUGUGUUGGUGGUCAUUUUUGCGUAAAGGUAAAAAAAUGUAGCUCGUGCCUUACUUGAAUUGUUAGAGAAGGCGAUUUUUGGUUUUUCGCAUACAUAUAUAUACAUGGUACAGGAAAACGAUUGUUUCUUUCGAGCGUCCAAACUUGGGUUGUACUGCAGUUGAUUAGCUGUCGUUUUUGCGCGGAGUAAAUAACUUGGAAGUUUAUCGAAAAAUGGAAAGUGUGCCCAAAACGAAAAGCCGCCGGUUGAGCGAAUUACCUUUCAUUAACAAGAAAAAAAAAAAGGUUGUACAUUCGUUGUAACAUUUGUUUACCGUUUCUUCGCUAAUUUACGGGAGAUCUGAAGUAUUGUUGCGCUGAGCGAGACUAUCAUGUAAAAAUUACCAUACCACACAAAUUAUGAAUAAAAAAAGGGCGAAGAGAAAAUUGUAAUUAUAUAUGUAAAAAAAAAGUAUACAAGUCACAACGCGGGUUGUGUGUGUAUUAUAAGUAUUGCGAAUUCGGUAAAAACUAAGUCAUUAAUUGUACUAAUCUUUAAUUCAUACUCAACUAUUUAAGUACAUGUAUAACCAUACAGACGCAAAGUCCGAAAUCAUCAUCAUCUUUCUCAGUGCAUGAUACAAAAUUUUUAUUUCAUACCCUUUACGUACAUAAAAAAUUUAUAUAAACAAAUACGUGUACUAUAAAUAUCAUAUAUAAUAUUGUAUAAGUGCGCGUUAAAGGCGCACGUAUGAAGAUUAAUAUAUUUCCUAUAAAGAGAGAGAGCAACGAACAAUAGCGUUUUUAUGCAUUAAAAAUGUAUAAAACGUGUAAUACGUUAUAUUGUAAUACCUAAUUAUUUAACUAACGGAACGUUAAUGUUGUUUCUCAAAGAGAAUCGCAACUAAACAACAUUUAUAUAUACAUAUAUUAUAUACGAAUUAACAACGAAGAAGAUUAUACGUACCCAUAAGCGUAUAACUUUGUCAAACACGUGUAUGUGUGUGUAUUGUGUGUCCGUAUGUAUGUGUGCGCACCUACUUAAUAUGUAAUAUCGCGAGGGAUUGAUUGUUGAUUAUUAUUUACGAAAUAAACGUCGAUUGAAACGUUAAGCGCA